GCGCUGUUGCCGGCCGGUAACGCAAUCCAAGAUGGCGGCGGGGUAGAGAGUUCCGAGAAAAAUUUCAUUGGGCGAAUUUUGAAUAAUUUUCGCGAUUACAGGGACGAACGGAAUAGUUUAAUUUAUGUUGAGGUCUAAUUAAAAUGGCUGUGACUUUAGAUUCUGUGAUAUAUUUGGUGGUUGUCGCGAUUUUCUGGGGCGCAACGAAUCCGUUUAUUAAAAAAGGAGCAAUUGGAGUGGAAAAUGUGCAGGCCUCCACCUCGAUUGGACGAUUUUUCAAACAGAUAGUGUUCCUUUUUACGAGUUUGAAGUACUUGGUGCCUUUUGCGAUUAACCAAUGCGGAUCCCUUCUGUAUGUGGCUUCUCUGGGAAGUACCGACUUAUCUCUCGCUGUUCCAGUUGCCAAUUCACUUACUUUUGUUUUUACUGGACUGGCGGGAUGGUUUUUGGGAGAGGAAAAGCCGAAUAAAAAUACUUAUAUAGGGACACUGAUGAUCCUCGCGGGCACAGCCCUCUGCUGCCUCGACAAACUCUCCCCAACUGAGGAGAUCGCAUCGGGAGUCACUCGACUCAUCAUUCACCCGAAGCUCAUUAACAGAUCGAAAAUAUGGGCUAAUUUCAGCUCAAAGAUUAAUUUUGUGACAGUAGGUCGUUUUUUCUACAUGCAGACCCCUCCCAAUGUCCUUCACUCGGAACAAUAACCACUAAAACCAAAUGAUCCCGCUAGUUAAAAAAACAAUGAGCAAAAAAAGCCAACAGUUCCCUGCUUCAACCAUUACACCGCAAUAUUCCUCAUGACUAUCCCAAGGACAAUGAAUCUGUCUCCACUCCCGAUGAUCCCCUGUCAUUGACAUUAAUGGAUUGCAUGAAACAACGAACAACAGAAAUGAAUAAAAAACGAUAGACUCAUGAUAAUAAAUGGUUGCAUUAUUAGUACAAGUAUUUACAAUGUAAUGUCAUUUUUUUAGAACAAGAAAAAUCUCGGUACAGAACGGACAAUUGACAAUGGAUUAUUAUUAUUGUAUUGCAACAGUUCUAUUCUUAAUUAUCUUAUGAUUUAACUCGGGCUUAUGGACUAAGGGGAAUUGUGAUUGGAAUGCACUGAUUACAUCCGGCAAUUUUUGCAUUUUUUUUUCUUUUGUCAUUCAUUUGUGUUGUGAUGAAAUGUAAUGGCACACUGAUUCACGGUAAUGUUUCGUGCAGACAAAUGAUAUUGGUCUUUCCAUCGAGAGAAUUCUGGAAUGCUCGAUAUGCGUAUCACAAUUCGUUAAUUGAUUUAAUGAAUUUUUAAUAGGUGAAGAAAAAAAUUGAGAGAUGACAAUGAAAAAAAUCUGAUGAUUCAUUUGGACGAGUUAUUUAAUUCGCGAUUACCUUGGUGCGAAAUGGAUUUAGAUCGUAAUGUCACAAUAACUUUUGUAGAUCAUGCAAUGCUCUAGGUCAAUUUUUUUUUUACAUCUUACAAAACGAGGGAUUAUCGAGAUAAUUGCAUUUUUAGGGUAGACGUUGCAACUUUUUCCAUUCAGUAUGUCAAUUAAAUGUCAAUUGAUUUCUCCACUCGAUUAAAAAAUGAAAUCACCUCAUUAGACCAUUAUUUAUGAUUUUGCAAUAACAUUCUCAUCUCGCCCAAAAAAAUUCACACGAGAUAAAUCCGGAAGAGAGAAUGAAAACUGUCUGCUCACCCCCUCCAAAAUAAAAAAAAAAUUACAAUAAAAUCGUCGAAAACUCAUAAA